UCCUCCUUACUACCCUCUUUAACUAAGUGCACUUUGUCCUCCUCGUUACCAGCUGAACUUCACAAUGAAAGCUACUACUCUCAUACUGCUAUUUUUGGUCAUCUUUGGAUUGACUGCCAUGCUGUGUGCAGGAAGGGUGGGAGGACAAGGAGAGCGCUGUUUGUGCAGAGGGAAGAUCCAGAAACGCGUGAGACUUCAAAAUGUUCAGAAGAUUGAGAAAUUCUACCCAAGUCCCUCUUGUUCAAAGACUGAGAUAGUAAUCUCACUGAAGAGAGGAAAGACAGUCUGCCUGGAUCCAGAUGCAAGACAAGGAAAGAAUAUCCUAAAUGGCAAAAAACGAAUGAAGCCCAAAUCGCAAGGAGGUGGGAAGAACAAGAAGAAGAACCGGCAGUGAGACCUUAAUACACAUGCAGAGGCAUUCCACCAACAGAAUACUGUUUAGUCCCACAUCCAUUUUCAAAGAAUAUAUGCACAGAUUAUAUGUUUUUAUAUGCAUUUAAAAGCUAUAUGUAUUAUGAACUUUUUAAAAUAUGGGUAUUUAAAAUUUCUUUACAUGCAUUAUUUUAAGUAACAGUAACAACUGUGCACAGGUUUUGAAAUGCAAUGUGCAAGCAUGCACCUACUAACCUGCUAAAUGAGGAGGAAAACCAAUAAGUCACAUGAUAAACAGGAAAUCAUUAAGACCCUUCAUUGCAACAUAACCGCCCCCCACCCCCCAUCCCUCAGGGUAUAAGUAUCAGUAAGAUGGCUGAACACACAUUAAAACAUUAUAGACAAAAAGGUACUCUAUUUGUGGAAUGUCUCUGCACUCAGGCCUGCCCUACAUUGUUACAACAAAUGACAAAAGCCCCUUGUUUGCUGUGUCUAGUCUGGGAUUAAUGAGCGUUUUCAUUUUUUUCACUCACUGCUGUAUCACAUGGGGUUACUUAGCCUUUGCCCAAUAACUGCUUCAUGUAUGAUCAUUCAAUCAACUGACAUUAAGGUUCAGCUUUGUUCCACAGGACUUAGUGUCUGUGUGAUAACAUUUACAGUUUGAUUUUUGCAUUUUUUAAACUUUUUUUUUCUCAUUUCUUCAAUGACAAUCACAGUGUCAACUGAAAGAGAAAAUAAAAUACGCUUCUGAGUUCAUACAUUUCAGCCAGCAUGCAUAAAAUGUCUACCUCCUCUUCUUUUGUACGUCAUGUAAGUGGUGUUUGUGUAUUCAGUUUCCCAACAAAAAAUAAAUCUGGGGUGUAAUUUGA